CCGGUCUGGGGCAAAACCCCCCUGGAUCGGGACCGAACCGAAACCCAUCGGUCCAGAGAAAAUAGGACCGAAACCGACCGGACAUUCUACCGGUUCGGUUCGGUCCGGACCGAAACUGUCGGUCCGGUCGGUUUUGCCGGUCCGGAUCGGCCGAUACUCUCCCCUAAUUGUUACAGAUUAUGAUCCCUUAGAUUUUUUGAUAGAGUUCGAUAAAGAGCAUACAUCAUCCUUGAUGGAUUGUAAGUCGGAGUUAGAGCGGUAUUUGUUGGAGAACCUUGAGAUUCCUAUGGGGAGUUUUGAAAUUUUAAUUUGGUGGAAAGUCAACUCCACCAAGUAUUCAGUUCUUCCUCUAAUGGCAAGAGAUAUCUUGGUCAUUCCUAUCACCAUCGUUACAUCUGAGUCAGCACUUAGCAUAGGAGGCCAUGUCCUAGAUCCGUUUAGGAGUUCUUUGGCUCCUAGAACUGUAGAAGCUCUUGUGUGCUCGCAAAACUGGUUGGAGUCUACUCCUAUAUGCUUGAGUCAAAAUUAUUCGGAAGCCAUUGAUGAUGCAGAGAGCUAUAAACUAGACUCAGAUGAUUUGGAUGUUUUAACUAAGAAUCAAGAAUAAGAAGCGUGGACAAGAUUGUCGAGUGGAGGGGAUAAGUACUAAGAUUACUAAAGAUUAUUGUUCAGUAUAUUUGAUUUAUUCUAUUGAUUUGGUUUAUUGGGAUGUUGGCACUUUUAUUAAGACUUUGAGCAGUUGUUGAUUUAUUUGUUGGAUUCUUUCAUUGAUGACGUUGUAGAGGGACAUAUAUAUAUAUAUAUAUAUAUGUAUAUAUGCAAAUAUACAAAUAGAUAUGUACUGUGUGACAUGUUAUUAUUAAUGGUGAAUCGCAAGUCCAUCAGGAA